AUGUACUCUGUCCCAGCUAAGUCACCGCCCAAACCAUCGGGUCGCAAGGGGAGCAAAAAAGUGCGGACUGGCUGCAUUACCUGCAAAAUUCGUAAAGUUAAAUGCGAUGAAGCCAAGCCUUAUUGUCUACGAUGUAUCAAGACAGGUCGUCAAUGCGACGGCUACCGUCCAUCCCCCAACUCUUCACCAGAACCCAUGACUCUAACCCCAUCACAAGGGUUUGAAUCUCCUCAAGAAGUUCACGCCUAUGACCACUACCGUCUCCGUACCGCAAAGGUUCUCUCUGGUGCUAUUGACGCGAGCUUCUGGGGCGGUGUGGUUCUCAAGAUGAGUACCUCCGAACCAGCAGUGAGACACGCCAUCCUCGCCAUCAGCAGUCUACACGAAGCCGUAGAAACUCGAGGCAAAACUAAUCGUGAAGUCGACACACGUUUUGCCUUUCGCGAGUAUGGAAAUGCGAUUGCCUCACUACGGAAUUGGGGUCAGAGGAAUGAUCCUUCUCUUGUACCCCUCCUUGUCUGCGUCUUGUUCAUCUGCGUCGCGUUUCUCAUUGAUCGCGACACAGCUGCACAAAUGCACAUUUGUCAAGGCCGACAAAUCCUCUCCACUCUUAGUGACGGCCGAUCACCGUCCAUGGAGAUGAUCAAGCAUAUCCUCGUGCCUAUUUACGCUCGUCUAAGUCUCUCGAGUUUUCUCUUUGGUAGUCGUCCUGCGCCUAUCCCAGCACAUCUGCGAAGCUGGACAGACAUGCCCGUCAUGUUUAGCAGUCUCGAAGAAGCGCGGUACGCUUUGUACCUCAUGCUUGACGACACAUUGCAGUUUACUUUUGCUGCGCGUGGUAUCAUCUUUGAUCCAGAUACAGAUCCCCAAGAGAUUGUCCGUUUCCAGCAUGAGCAACAACGACUUUUGUCACAGCUGAAUCGAUGGCACGCUGCUUUUACCGUCAUCACAUCAAUGACACCACACUCUCCGUCUUUGGAAAACACACUCAAUGUCAUCCGAAUCUAUCACCAAUCCACACUAAUCUACAUCUCCAUCGCCUUGGACACGGGCGAGAUGCGCUACGACAACUACACAUCCAAUUUCGCAGCCGUCAUCUCACUAGCAUCUGCAAUCCUCAACUCAACACCCGUAAACUCCAAACUAGAACCCUUCAGCUUCGAAACAGAAAUUAUUCCUCCCGUUUACUGGACCGCCAUCAAAUGUCGCCAUCCCCUCCUUCGUCGCGCCGCCCUGAAGCUUCUCACGCGAGACCAAAUGCGCAAUCGCAGAGAGAACCUCUGGCACGCCCGCGAAGCAGCCGUCAUCGCAGCACGAAGUAUUGAGAUGGAAGAAUCCGAAUUUGACACCACGCCAAUAGAUCCGGAUUUGAUGAUGGGCAGCCCAAGAAAUAUACCAAGUCCCAGCACACUCAGUGAAAUGUCUGCCGAAGCAGAAGCCAUAUACGAGAUGCUCGUCAACAAAGACAUCAAGAUAAAGAUUGACACGUCCAAACCUCCGAGUCUACCUCCACCUCCGGUAUCAUUCACGGACCCGACACCCGAGGAGUUCUUGUCUGGGUCGCCGUUCAAUCUAGCGUCCAGCGGAUCGUCACCUGCUCCUGGACAAGAGCAUGCACCAAUGACUGAUAGUUUACCACAACUUGAUGUCGCUGCGCUCAAUUCGAUCAAUCUCGAACCGCCGUUCAAUAUUCCGGAUGAUCGACGUAUCAAGAAUGCGAUUUUUGGGCCUGCAGAGAUGGAAGGGAUUCUUGUCACGUUUUUCAGAGAUCCUGAUCCUGGAGAACAGCAGUGGAAGGUUACGAGAGAGUUUUUGAGGUUUUGA